UCCUCUUUAAAUAAGUCCCAGUGCCUUCAAACGAAGCCAGCACCCCAGUGAAGUCCCGUGGCCAAGGCGGAUGCGGAGAUGUGUUUGUAGGGAACCUGGACCAGUUUGAACCCAUCAUCAAGGUGACCAGGGACAGGCUGGCUCUUACCAGUUUACACAGACAGCUAACCAGGGAGGGGAGCUGGCGAGGGAGCUCAGCCCCAUAUCCCCUGGGCUUUCUGCAAAUCAGGCAUCCCGCUGAUGCCAAAACUUCGCUGGGCGGAGGCUGGGGGGGUGGAGCGGGGCUGUGGGGAGCAUCAUUCCCUUGGGAUGCCGGCGGUGGGAUUGAUGAUGUCCGCCCUCCUCCCAGCAGCGCCCGCCAUUCGAUUUCUCUCUGCCGGCGGCGCAGCUCCCACACAAAGGCUGCGCUCAGCGCUGGCGGCCGGGCCGGACCUGGGGGCUCGUCCCCGAGGGGACACCAGACCCGUCCCCAGCGCUGCCUGAGCCCGGGCUGCUGCUGGGACACGCCGGCCGUGCCCCCGCGCACACGCGUGUACCCGCGCACACGCGCACCCACACGCACGCUCCGGCUGCUCCCCACCUUCCCCUCCACCUCCCUGGGAAAAAUCCAGCGGCCGGAUCAAGGCACGUCUUUUGGCAGGGAAAGGAUUAACUCCCCGGGGAGCAGCGGCGGGGGCUGAGCCUACGCUCCCGCCAGGCUUUGCCGGCUUCGCAGCACGCUUGGGAGUUGUGGAGCCGAGCUCUGGGCAGCUAAUCCCCCGUGCUGCUGGCAGCUGGGGCGGCUGUGGGGUGAAGGGACAGGAGGGGAGGAGUGUACACACACACACACACACCACACACACACGCACGCACGCAUGCACGCACACCCCGCAGACGGCAGGCAGCGGCACCGGAUCGGUAGCUGUUUGCGGGGAGGUCCGUAGGGAGCGGAAUAGAACAAGCCGGAGCAUCAGGCGAGCAGAUCUGUUCUCUUACGAAAGUCCUUAAGGAAUCGAUCAGGAGAUGCCGGCAAAAGAAGUUGCUGAAAGCCAGGCUGGCGCGGCCGGGAGCUGCGUGCCGCCAGCUCCGUCACGCACCGGGAGCAGCUGAACUUUGUGGGUUUUGAAUAUAUGUUUCUCUUCUGUGGACACUUCGGGCAGCGUUACGGGGAGAGGCACGGCACGGCACCGCACACCUUGCGCCUGCUGCUACCCAGACCGAGCCUGGGGGACAGCAAAGGGGGGAUUCCUGUCUCUCCAAGGACCAUCACCUGUGAAAAGAAGCUGGCGAAAGGCAAUUUAUCUUUCUUUUCCAGAUGACUGAAAAUACCUACAGCAUCCUGUCUCUCCGGUUUUCAUCAGUGAGUAGCAUCAGGGAGAGACGGCUGAGGAACAAAAAUGAUAUCCAUCAAAAUCGUUCUAGCACCUACUUUUUCCCAAGGAACUUCAUGCCUGUAGGGGUUUGCUGUGGGUAUUUCCAGGAGUGAGGAUCGACGUAGCACAGAUGCAUCCCUACCAGAUCAUGUAAGAAUUUGCAAAUGAGAAACCUACCCCACAAUACCUGCUCUGCCCGGUUUGCAGUACAUGGUUUGGUGUAAGCACGGCAAGUCUCACCUCUUUCUCUCCCUUUUAAAUCUCCUGGGCUUGGAGAUCUCUUUCCUCAUUGCAAUUAUGAUUAUUUGCAACAUCAGUGCCAUCAAAGAUUGGAGCACUUUCCUUUCCCAGAUCCUCCCCAGCGUUAACAAGACUCUGAACUUGGUACAGCAAGUGGAAGCCACCACCAGCUCAGUGGUAAGCGUCCUCCAGGACCCCGAGCAGGACAACUACCUGUCCAACAGCCAGUCCAUGAACUCCAGCAACUUCACAGCUGGCCUGGACCACUUGUUCCAGUACUCGUACUCGGACAAUGACCAGCUUUACAAGGAGUACAAACCCCCUCCUCGAGAUGCCAUUCCUCUGCCCAAAGCUGUCCUCUACCUUCUCAUGGCAGCCCUGGUGGUGGUAGCAGUGGCAUACGCCAUCGUCGGGCAUCUCAUCAAGGACCUCAUUCACGACUUUAUAGACUGGAUCUUCGGCCCCAGCCCGGAUGACAACAGCAACAAGAGCGACGUCAACUGCAUCAGCAACAGCGUCAAUGAGAUGAGCGAGAUGUCCGAGGCGCCGCGACGCCGGGACCGUCAGUCCCAGGAUGUGGUCAUUGCCAUCGGCGAGACCUGCCACCUGCCACAGCAGACGUGACCAGCGCAGUGGCCGGGCCAGGCGGGAUGGAGCACCGGGAUGGAGCAGCGGGAUGGAGUGGAGGGACAGAGCGGAGGGAUGGAGCAGCGGGAUGGCGCAGCGGGACGAUGCAGCAGCCACCUUGCAGGACCGGGCAGCGAGAGGAAGGGAUGGGCAGAGCCAGCACCAUGGAGCAAAGCCCUCCUCGCCCCAGUUUUGCCAACCUCUAAGGACCUUGCUGGGGCGGGCAGCAUCGCCCCUUCUCCUGGGCUCAUCAGUCCUGCCCUGAUGUCUGCCCAUGGGUUCAUGUCCUCCCUUUCUUCCCUGUGAAUAGCAAAAAAAAAAAAAAACCAAAACCCACCCAACCCAAAACCAAAUGCAAAAUACAUUCACCAAACAAGGCUCGCAAGAGAAAUAAGCUAAAGAGGAGCCGGGCAGUCCUUUGGCAUGCAGCUGUCCUGGGGAUGGGGUGGUGAAAAGGGCAAAGGAGACGAGGAAGCUGCGUGAGAAAUGGGGGUGUCUGUGUUUCAGGAUGCAGCAGGGAGCUGGGGCUGCAAGGGCCGAAUCCAGCUUGGUACAUCGAUGACCUGCCUGGGCCAUCACUCCUCCUCUUAGUUUUGCAGCUCCAGCUUGCAGCUCGUUUCACUGGGUGCGUCCUGCAGCUGUGGGGCAGAGGGGUGACAGUCCCAGGACCAGCCCAGGUCCACCUCCCCAAGGACCCUUCCUUCCUGUGCCCAGGGCCAGGCGAGGGCCACCAGCUCCCUGCCACCACCAGCUCUGGUUGAGCCCAGCAUACGCUGACCAGGAGCAGCCCUGUCAGGACCCAGCAAACCCCUGUUCUCCAAGGAAAGUGGCUGGAGGGGACAGCAGGGACCCCAGCUCUUCAUGGGGGGAAAAUAACCCCUGUAUGGCUGCAUUGCUCAGACUCAUCCCAGCGUGGCCAUCCCCCUCGUCACCCCCAAACUAGCUGCUACCACAAGGAGUGCUGGCUCUGCGCUGGGGUCAGCCACAUGUGCAUGCUGGAGGGGAGAGAUCUUCCUCAUCUCCCUAGGUGCCUUCCUCUUCCCUGCCAGGGCACCCUCCUGCCACUUCUCUUUGCCCAAAGGCAUCCUUUCCCACUGCUGACUCCAGGCAGAUCCCACUUCCCCCCUUUUUAAGGGGCUUGGGGAAGCCAGCAGCAGCCAAGGUGAGGGGCGAGCUCCCACACCAAGUGCGAAAAGCUCCCAAGUGGGAACAUCCUGAUGGUAUCAUUGUUAUUUUAAGGCCAGCUCUUGCCCUGCUCAGGGUUUUAAACCAGGAUUCAUCAUUUCUCCGUAUAGCAGAGCAGAAGCACCAGGACUAUGCUCAUUCCUUGGUCCCAGUGCCUCUUCCUUAUGAAGAUACCUUUAAUCUCCACAUCUUUCCUGAACUUAAAAAAAAAAGACUACACUGAUGGCCCAGAGACCCGGUCCCGGCAAAAGGCAAGUGGUCAGGACUUCUGCCUCUGCGUCCAGGGAGACGAGCCCUGCCUUUCCCAGCCUGUGGUACCCAGCACACCCCUAGUAGCAGGGGCCAUUUUCCCCUUCUGAAAGUGCUUAGGGAAAAUGGAUGUGGUUUCAACCCCUGCUCUGAUGGCUUUUAAUGAGAGCCAUUACCCGCAGUCCCACACUGCAGCA